CCUGUUAAACUGCUGAAGUCAGAAUUUCUCAGGUUUUUCGAGGUGAACAGCUGAUAGGAGCUGCACUACAAAGCAGCUUGGGGCACGAGUACAAGGCUCCUCGCACAUGCCAAGGACGGGGCCGAGGCAGCAGAGACAGCGGCGUUCACCAUGAAGCUUUGGUCAGCACUGUGGAAUUCCUGGUAUGAGAAGGCAGAGAGUCAGGGUAGAGAGAAGAUCCUUGCUGAGCUGCUGUAACCAUGAAGACAGUGAUUUUAAUCGUCCUAAUCAUCUUCUCUUCACUCUCCUCAGGAAAGAAAUUCCGCUGGUGCACCCUGUCUGACCUGGAGCAGAGGAAAUGUGCCGAGCUGUCCAAGGCACUCACGGCCGUGCUGCCCCUCGCCACUGCCAGUUCCUUUGCCAGGAUUUCUUGCAUCAGAGCCCACAAUACCUAUGACUGCAUUGAUAAAAUCAGAGCAAAUAAAGCAGAUGCUGCUUCCUUGGAUGCUGGAGAUGUUUACUCUGCUGUAAAACUUUAUGGUUUGGCAGUGGUGGCAAAGGAGAUCUAUGACCAAGGAAAUUGUGUGUUUGCUGUGGCCGUUGCCAAACGAGGAACUCUGGAUAUCCAGAGGCUGCGAGGUGUGCGCAGCUGCCACAAUGGAGCCAGGUGGACAUCGGGCUGGAAUAUUCCAUUUGGCUUCCUCCUUGCAAGAAAUGACCUUUCCUGGGAUGAGGCACAACCUCUGAGCCAAGCAAUCAGUGAGUAUUUCAAUGCAAGCUGCAUCCCUGGGGUUGGUGUUGCUGCUCCUCGACUGUGUGCUCUCUGCCAAGGACAAAAAUCCUAUGUCAGAGACAAGAACCACUUCUGUGAGACAAGCAGCAAUGAACCCUUCUAUGACUCCGAGGGAGCCUUCAGGUGCUUGAAGGAGGGGGUGGCAGAUGUUGCCUUUUUAGAUCAUCUAAGAAUUCUGAGUACCACAGAGUCAGAAGAACAGGAAUAUGAACUCCUGUGUCCUGAUGGGAGCACAGCUGAGCUGAGCCAGUACAGCACCUGUAACCUGGGCAAGGGGCCCGGCCGGGGCAUCGUCACCCGCAACAACUUCCACAAGAUCACCAACAAAUUCCUCAGCAUGAUCCAAUGCCUCUUUGGGCGAAAAGGGAAGGAAAGAGCCAGAUUUGAACUCUUCACUUCAGCUCCCUUUGGGGGAAAGAACCUGCUGUUCCGAGAUGCCACUCAGCACCUGCAGCUUCUUGAGGAGCAGCUGGAGAUUGCCUAUGUCCUUGGUCUGGAUUAUGUAGCUCUCCUUAAGGGACUGGGCCAUGAAGGGAGCUCUUUGGAGAACAGUGUCGUGCGCUGGUGCUGCAUCAGCGAUGCUGAGCUUCACAAAUGUGAGGAGUGGGCACUGAGCAUCAAAUCCGACCCCUUAGUCUGUGUCCAAGCAACUUCCAUGACCAAAUGCAUUGAAAUGAUCAAGAGCAGUGAGGCGGACGCGGUGACCCUGGACGCGACACACGUCUACAUCGCAGGGAGGUGUGGGCUGGUGCCUGUAGCUGCAGAGUGCUAUGGGGGAGAUUGUGCCCAAGCUGCUGAGAGCAUGGAGAAAACAGGAAAACUAAUUCAUGUUAAGCACAAAGCGCUGCCACCUGUUUAUGCUGUUGCCUUAGCUAAGAAAAGUGCCAAACAGAUUAACAUCCAUAACCUCAAAGGAAGGAGGUCCUGCCACAGUCACCUGUACAGUCCUGCAGGAUGGUUACUGCUGUCCAGAUACAUAAUGGGAGCUCUGGGGAAUGAUACCCAGAACUGUGACAUUGGCUCUGCUUAUCAGAAUUACUUCUGGAAGGGCUGCAUGCCGGGAGCAGAGGGCAACAUGUGCAAGGUGUGCAUUGGGGACAGUGAGGUGGAAGGGGCCCGAGUCUCCAGCAGAUGUGCUGCAGGUCACAAUGAACAUUACUAUGGCAACAUGGGAGCGCUCAGGUGCCUAGUUGGGAAUCCCAGUGGAAGAAGCUUUGGAGAUGUAGCUUUCCUGGAACACUCUAACCUGCUCCAGAACAUAGAAGAUCUGGACAGCUCUGGUUGGGCCAAAGGUUACACUGCCCUUGACUUUGAGCUGCUGUGCCCGGACGGGACCCGUGCGGCAGUCACCGAGUGGCCAGGGUGUCACCUGGGCCCCGUCCCCCCCAGCGCUGUCAUGACCCGCCCAGUCACUGUCACUAAGAUCUAUGACUUCCUGAUGCAAUCCCAGGAAUCUCUGGGAAGCAAAUUGGAUUCUGAAUUCCAGCUCUUUCAGUCGUGGAGGUUCGGUGGAAGUGAUCUGCUUUUCAAAGAUGCUACUCACUACCUCGUUCCUGCAAGUCACCUGAGCUAUCAGGAAAUCCUUGGAGAUUCUUUCAUCCAGCUGGCAGAAUCAGUGUUUAAUUGCACACCUGCAGGCAUCCUGGACUUCUGCAAACAGGAUAUCUGUGCCUCCUCAUCCAACUGACAGUGAUACAGAGGCUGUCCAAGGCACAUCACCACAUCGCCAUCAUUAUUGAAAACCAGGAAA